AACAGCGAACGGUUGCGAACAUGUCUCGCGUUGCUCUUGUCACUGGUUCCAAUAAAGGUAUUGGAUACGCCAUAGUAAAGGCUUUAUGUCAAAAAUUCGACGGCAUUGUGUACCUUACCUCUCGUUCCGAAGUCCUUGGUAAAGCAGCUGUCAAUAAACUAAACAAACUUGGACUUCAACCCGAAUAUCAUCAACUUGACGUCACUAAUAGAGAUAGUGUUAUCGCGCUUAGAGAUCACAUAGCAUCGAAUCAUGGAGGUUUAGACAUUCUCAUCAAUAAUGCUGGUUAUGUCAACAGUGUACUCUUCAAUUCUUAUAAGGAGGAACAGAAAGUUAUCGACAUUAACUACAGGGGCGUACUGACCAUGCAGGAAUUGAUAUACCCUAUAGUAAGAAAUAAUGGUAGGAUAUUAAAUGUAUCAAGUGACUGCGGACACCUGUGCAACAUCAGAAACAAAUACUGGAUAGACAGGCUAUCGAAAAAGGAUUUAAAAAUAACUGACAUAAACGAAUUCGUCGACUGGUAUCUCGAUUCCAAGAAGAACGGUAGUUUUAACCCAGAUGAUUUAGUUGAUAAAGGUAGUAUAGCUGCGUAUAGAGUAUCAAAAGUGGCCUUGUGUGCACUAACAAUGAUACAGCAAAAGGAGUUAGAGUUUAAGAACAUAAGCGUUAAUUCUGUUCAUCCAGGCUUCGUUAGAACUGAUAUGACUAUGAAACUUGGAUUCUUGUCUACUGACGAGGCGGCCAAAACGCCAGUGUAUUUGGUUUUAGAAGCACCUGAGACUCUGCGAGGUGCCUACGUGUGGCACGAUGGAACGAUUUUAGAUUGGUUCGAUCACACAGCAAAUAUAUACUUCACUAACAAAUUUGCUAGGAGUUGGGUACUAAGCAGUGUUAUUGUCAAUAUAAAAGAGUACAUUUUUAUGUGGAUAAAUUAUAUUUUAGAAAAAGUAAGGCUUCCUAUAACAAAUAAAACUUUGUAAAUAACUAUAUUGUAAGUAAGUUGACAAGAAUAACCUGUAUUAAAUAACCUGGUAUAUAUAUAUAUAUAUACUUUGAAUAUGCCCUUGAACAUUUACAAUCAGAAGUGACUAUUGAUAUUCAUUGUAUACAACAAGGAAAAUAUAAAAUAUUUUAAAAAUAAAUUACUUUGCAGCGUUAUAAUGACCGUAUAUUACUCAUAGUUUAAAUAAUGAUUCACCGUAUAACUAGUAAAUUAUUUUUGUUGAGUUGUAUAUGAUUUUUUCUCUUUAAACAAAGUUUGAUUAUUCCACAAAAACCAUCUAAUUAUAUUUAUCAGUGCGUAUUCAUAUCGUUUAUCGCACACGCGAUAACAUAAACAGUAUUCACGAUUAUAUUCACAACUGCAAUGAAAAGAUUCCAUAACAUAGUUAUCAUCUCGACAUGAUACCCUAUUCCCAGUGGCUGACUCGGCUAGACAACGGCACGUGGCGUCAACGCGUCGUCGGUCGUGGCGCGUGAAGCUGCAAUAAAUUACUACGACAACGUUGCACUUUUCACUGCUCUCCCCACACUCCCUAAUACCCACCCAUCUAUACCUCGUCUGUUAGUCGGCGUCAUGCCACCUGCAUUAAUUCCUUCCCACGUAGUUGCGGUCUGUAAAACAGCUUGACUUUAGAUGAAUGGAAGAGCUACAACGAAACUAAUUUUGCAACAAUGAGGAGACUGAACUGCUGAAUUUACUGUAUCUCGUUGUAAUUUCUAAUUCCAUUUGUUGAAGUGAUAAUUUUCUUUAGAAAACCUUGUGAGAUAUUAUUUCUUUAUUUUACUAAGAGAUAAUCGUCAAAGACUCACCCAAUUCCUGAAUAAUCAUAAUUUAUUAGUCCACGUUGAGAAAGCUGAAAAUGUGAUUAUUAUGAAUAUAAUAAUACAAAGCGGUAA